AUGAUCAACAAAUUGCAAUCUCAGCCACAAUCAAAGAAGAUGGGCUCAGCAUCCACGUUCGACUACGCGUCGCUCAAAGAGCUGCUGAAGGACACCAAGGCCGAGGUGUUACUACCGAGCGAUGGUGCAAAGUAUGAGAAGAGCAUUGAAAGAUGGGGUGAACAGUGUAUCAAAAGAGCAUCCGCCGUAGUCCUCGUCACUUCGUCCUCCGACGUCUCAGCAACCAUGACCAUCAUCCGGGACCACAGUAUUCCCUUCACCGUCCGUGGAGGCGGCCACUCCACAUCCGGUGCAGCUUCAAUCGAACACGGCCUUGUAAUAGACCUAUCCAGCAUGCGCGCCGUCACUGUCGACCCCGAAGCCAAAACCAUAACAGUCCAAGGCGGCGCCCUCUGGUCAGACGUCGACGCCGAAGCUGCAAAAUACGACCUUGCAACCGUCGGCGGUACUGUCAACCACACUGGCGUAGGAGGUUUAACACUAGGUGGAGGAUACGGGUAUCUCAGUGGAAACCUCUCCCUGACAGCCUCCUCGCACGAAAACCCGUCCCUCUUCUGGGCCAUCCGCGGGGCGGGCGCAAACUUCGGCGUCGUCACAUCCUUCACCUUCCGCGCCUUCCCCCAAGCCUCCCCCGUCUUCGCUGGACCCCUGAUAUUCGCACCCUCCGCACUCCCUCAAAUCGUCGCGUUUGCAAACUCUUUCCACGAGAAGAAUGACGGGAACCAGGCGCUGCUGUGGGGGUUCAGUGCGCCGCCGCCUGCGAACGCACCGGUCGUCAUGUGUCAGUUAUUCUUCAACGGGGCAGAAGACGAUGCGCGGGCGUUUUUCAAGGAGUUGUGGGAUGUUGGGCCAAUCGCAGAUAUGACGAGCAUGAUGCCGUACGAAAAAGUGAAUGGUCUGCUCAACCACACCGCGGGCUUUGACGGGCGGAAACAAUUCGGCGGUGGGGCGUUCAAAUUGCCUCUUGGCGCCAAUUUCGUAGAGAGCCUGCAUGCAGAGUUUUCGGCGUUUGUGGGCAGUCAUGAGCGCAUGGGCGAGAGCAUGAUGUUAUUCGAGUGCGUGCCGUAUGGGAAGAUUAUGGAGGCGGGGAACGCGAGUAUGGCAUUUUCGAACAGGGGGGAUUAUUACAAUUUGGCGACGGUGUUUAAGUGGUUCGAUCCGGAGCUCGAUGACGAGAUUCGCGUCUUCUCUCGCAAUUUGUUGAAGAAGGCGUCAGAGACGGCGGCGAGCAGGUCUGAGGAUGGGGGCGUUGGGCAGUAUGGAAACUACGCUUCUGUGGAUGUCGAGGCUAAUGAUAUCUUCGGCGCCAACGUCAAGAAGCUGGAAGAUUUGAAGCAGAAGUAUGACCCUGACAAUCUGUUCAGCCAUGGUACAAAGUUGACGCCACGGCCGCUUGUUGUGGUGAAUUGAUCUUCUUCAACCUAAAGACCUACAGUCUCGAAAACAACCCAAUUCCAAAGACAAAUUCUCGCGCUAUCUC